GAGAAGAUGAUUGAUUGGUUUUGUUAUGUUGGUCUUCCUGUGUCACUGAUCACUGAGGCGAAGCUGUACGUGUAACCAAGGUCUAGAAAUGGCGGACGAAGAAGCUCAAAGAUUAUCUGGUAAACAAGUGUCUGGUGAGAUCCGUAAACAAUUGACGGAAGAUGUUGCAAGUGUCAGAGCAGAUCAUCCAGAGUUCAAACCUGGUCUAGCCAUCGUUCAGAUUGGUGAUCGUGAGGAUUCUACAGUGUACAUCAAGUCAAAAUGCAAAGCUGCAGAGGAGAUUGGAAUGCUGGCAAGGCAUGUAAAGUUACCCAGAACAUGUACYGAAGAAGAUGUGUUGAAAGCAGUGGACGCAUUGAAUCAAGACUCUGUGAUUCAUGGAAUUAUUGUUCAGUUGCCUCCAGAUUCUGACAACCCAGUUGAUCCUGCUACUGUUACUAAUGCUGUUGUACCAGAGAAAGAUGUUGAUGGACUUCAUGACAUAAAUGCAGGACGUUUGUCAAGAGGUGAAUUGGAGUCCUGUAUUGUUCCAUGUACACCUAGAGGCUGCUUGGAGCUCAUCAAGAGAACUGGAAUUGAUGUCCAGGGAAAAGAAGCAAUUGUGGUUGGCAGGAGCAAGAUUGUCGGAUCUCCGAUGGCUGAUCUUCUCAAAUGGCACCAUGCUACCGUCACCACUUGUCACUCCAGGACUAAAGAUCUUCCAGAUGUGGUCAGGAGAGGUGAUAUUGUCGUUGCAGGGAUUGGAAAGGCCAACUUUGUAAAAGGUGAUUGGAUUAAACCAGGAGCUGUUGUCAUUGACUGUGGUAUCAAUGUAAUACCAGAUGCAACCAAGAAGAGUGGCACACGUCUUGUUGGUGAUGUUGAUUACAGUGAAGCAAAAAUGAAAGCAAGUUGGAUUACUCCUGUCCCUGGAGGUGUUGGUCCUAUGACUGUCGCRAUGUUGAUGAUGAARACUGUGGACAGUGCAAAGAAGGUUCUUCAGCGGCAAAAGGCUGGCUUGUGGGAUAUCACUUAUCUAACACUUGAKUUAAAACAACCCGUGCCGAGGGACAUGGAGAUUUCCAGGUCGCAUUUACCUAAAGACAUUGAAAAACUUGGGAAAGAGAUUGGACUGGAGAGAAAUGAGUUGGAAAUGUAUGGCCGUACCAAAGCUAAAGUCUCACUUAGUGUCUUGGAAAGACUGAAGGARGUCGAGAAUGGCAAAUAUGUUGUUGUUGCAGGUAUUACACCAACUCCUUUUGGAGAAGGCAAGAGUACCACRACCGUUGGAGUGUCGCAAGCCAUGGGUGCUCAUCUCAAGAAGAAUUGCUUCACUUGUAUAAGACAACCUUCACAGGGACCAACAUUUGGUAUCAAAGGUGGAGCGGCAGGAGGAGGGUAUUCCCAAGUGAUUCCCAUGGAAGAGUUCAAUCUUCACCUGACAGGAGAUAUUCAUGCCAUUACCGCUGCAAAUAACUUGUUGGUUGCUGCCAUUGAUGCCCGAGUUUUCCACGAGUCAACCCAAAAAGACCAGGCAUUGUUCAACCGUCUAGUUCCAGAACAGAAAGGAAAGAGAACAUUUUCCCAAAUAAUGCUGAAGAGAUUGAAGAAACUAGGAAUAGACAAAACCGAUCCAUCAGAGCUUACUCCCGAGGAAGCAAGCAAGUUUGCAAGACUUGAUAUUGACAUUAAUACUGUUGGUUUUCAAAGAGUUAUUGAUACUAACGAUCGCUUCCUGAGAAAAAUCACCAUUGGUCAGUCACCAACAGAGAAGAACAUGACUCGAGAGUGUCAGUUUGAUAUCACUGUAGCAAGUGAAAUCAUGGCGAUCCUGGCUCUUACAACCGACAUGAAAGACAUGAGAAGAAGGCUUGGCGAUAUUGUGAUAGCAAGUAAUAAACAAGGAGAUCCUGUUACUGCCGAUGACUUGGGAAUCGGAGGUGCUCUUGCUGUAUUAAUGAAGGAUACUAUCAAACCAAAUAUGAUGCAGACUCUGGAGGGAACCCCAGUAUUUGUACACGCUGGACCUUUUGCUAACAUCGCUCAUGGAAACUCGUCUAUUUUGGCUGACAAGAUUGCGCUGAAACUAGUGGGAAAAGAUGGAUUUGUUUUCACAGAGUGCGGGUUUGGAGCYGACAUUGGCAUGGAGAAGUUUUUCAACAUCAAAUGUAGAUAUAGUGGUUUAAUGCCACAUGCAGCUGUUAUUGUAGCAACUGUCAGAGCUCUCAAAAUGCACGGUGGAGGACCAAAGGUUGUUGCCGGUCAACCUUUGGCAGAUGAGUACGUUUCAGAGAAUUUGGAUUUGGUGAGAGCCGGGAUGUGCAACUUGGCAAAACAGAUUGAGAAUGCAAGGCUCUUUGGUGUUCAGGCUGUAGUGGCCGUCAACAGAUUCCCGAAUGAUACCGAUGCUGAAGUGUCGUUGGUUAUUGAGAUGUCUAAGCAAGCCGGUGCUUUUGAUGCCCAAGAAUGCAACCACUGGGCUAAGGGAGGGUCUGGCGCUAUUGGUUUGUCCAAGUCACUACUCAAAGCAGUGGAGCAACCCAUUCAUUUUAAAUUUUUAUAUGAACUGAAGUUGCCUAUCGAGGAUAAGAUAAGAAUCAUCGCGCAGAAAGUGUAUGGAUCAGAUGAUAUCGAGCUYCUGCCCGAAGCGCAGGAAAAGAUUGAACGCUUUAAGAAACAGGGUUUCAAUGACUUGCCAAUUUGCGUGGCGAAGACGCAUCUUUCCCUGUCGCAUAAACCUGAUUUGAAAGGAGUUCCUACAGGCAUAAUCCUGCCAAUCAGAGAUGUCCGUGCGAGUGUUGGUGCGGGAUUCCUUUACCCGCUCGUGGGCACUAUGAGCACAAUGCCAGGAUUACCCACAAGGCCUUGUUUCUAUGACAUUGACCUUGACGUUGAAACRGGAGAUGUGAUUGGGUUGUCUUAAACCACGUGAUUUCCACGAUCUUCAGUAGGGUGACAUGUUCUAAGCAUUUUACAGGUUUUCUAGACAAUCGUAAAUCACUUUAUCCUGAGAAUUAUCGAUGUUUGUACGAACACGGCAAAAACAAUUGAUUUAAAAUACAAUUUUAACGAUGUAACUCACUGAGCGAGGACAAAGUGAUUCAGGUCAGUAUAAUGGAAAUGAGAAAUAGAAUUCCUAGAAUUCAUUAGGGCUAGGCUUCCUUAAGUAACACAAACAAGUUCUGAGUAUGAAACGACCAGCCUAGGUGUCAGUCAUGAUCAUUGUGACGUCAUUUUUCUGUCACUUAGUGAUAUGAUUAGCAUUCUUUUAUACCGUGAUGCCGAGAAAUACAAUGRUCCGGAACACGUUGAUGAGGAGAUCAAGUUUGCUCCUUUUUGACUCUUAAUAUGAUAUAUAUGUUUUCAAUUGACUGAAUAUCAAGAUCGAUAAAUGUUGGAUCAUUCUAAAUAAAAGAUUUUAGUGGACUAA